AUGGCUACUACAAACCCAGCAUUGAGGAGGGAAGUGAUCAACAUAUACAAAGAGCUUCUAUACCUCGGUCGAGAGUAUCCUUUGGGGUAUAACUACUUCCGCCCCAGACUACACAAAGCAUUCAUCAGCAAUGCUAGUUUGACGGACGACGAAGAGAUUCGUCAAGCUAUCAAGCGAGCAGAGUUCGUUAAGAAAGAAAUUGAGGCACUGUAA